CUUUUAACGUAUCGCCAGCUGUUAAAGUUACGUUUGUUUGAAAUCAAACGGCAACUGAAGUUUGUUGAGUUGCUUGGAGCUUCGAAAUUUGUCUGCCAUGUAUGGGUGGUAAAUAUAUUUCGUUGUAAUAAGGAAAAGGCAUGCAUAGUGAUUAAAAAUUAAUAAUAAUUUGAAAAAAAAGAAGAAUUCGUUUAUAUAUAAAAAAACUGGCAGAAAAUUUUUAACUAAAUAAUGGCCACGAUUCGAGUACAUGAGGAUCAAGAAAAUCGUAUUUCCGAUGUUCGUCGCGGCAAAGAAAAUAUUAAUGUGCCCCUUCAAAAUCAAACAUUGCAACCAACGAAACGUGCAGUUCUAGGUGUUCUUCAUAAUAAUUGUAAUCGUAAUACAAAAUCAGAAAUAUACAAGGAUGAAAAAUACCAAAAAACGAAAGCAGUUAUACCCACACAUUUUGAAGCUUUCAAAAUUUAUGAAGAAAAAAAAGAAGAAGUUAUAUUUAAAAUCUAUGAAGAUAAGUUAGAAGAAGAAACUUCUGUUGCCCUUAGAGAUACAAAAGAUAAAAAAGAAAUGAGAGAAAAGGAAAAUAUUACAUUUGAAAGAGAAAAGCCAAGGUUAGAAGUAAAUCCUAUAAAUGUCUCAAAUUUACCAACAUUUUAUAAUGCCAUUCAAGAUAUAAAUCAAAAGAAGGAAAAUGAAAUAACUUUUUCACAAGGCAGUCCAAUGUCUUUAGAAAAAUCUAUUUCUUAUUUGUCUUCCUCAAAGAAAAAUCAUCAAAAAAGAAGAAAAUCUAUUAAAGAAAUGAGAAUGAAUUUUUUUGAUGUAGAUGAAUAUAGAGCUGAUAUAUAUAAUUAUUUACGUGUUGCAGAAACACAUCAUAGACCAAAACCAGGAUAUAUGAAGAAACAAUCUGAUAUAACAUAUUCAAUGAGGUCAAUAUUAGUGGAUUGGCUUGUAGAAGUUGCUGAAGAAUAUAGAUUACAAACCGAAACACUCUAUUUAGCUGUUUCAUAUAUAGAUCGCUUUCUAUCAUACAUGAGUGUUGUAAAAUCAAAAUUACAACUUGUAGGCACAGCAGCUAUGUUCAUUGCUGCAAAAUAUGAGGAAAUUUAUCCACCUGAAGUAGGUGAAUUUGUAUAUAUCACAGAUGAUACAUAUCCAAAAAAACAUGUGUUACGUAUGGAACAUUUAAUAUUAAGGGUUCUCUCUUUUGAUCUAACUGUUCCAACACCACUUACCUUUCUUAUGGAAUUCUGUAUUAGUAAUAAUCUUUCUGAAAAAAUUAAAUUUUUAGCAAUGUAUCUCUGUGAACUAUCAAUGCUUGAGGGAGAUCCAUAUCUUCAAUUCUUACCUAGUCAUUUAGCUGCAUCUGCAAUAGCACUUGCACGACAUACAUUAUUAGAAGAAAUGUGGCCACAUGAAUUAGAAUUAUCAACAGCAUAUAGUUUAAAGGAUCUCAAAGAAUGUAUUUUGUGUUUAAAUAAAACUUUCUAUAAUGCAUUAAAUAUUCGACAACAAGCUAUACAAGAAAAAUAUAAAAGCAGCAAAUAUGGACAUGUAGCAUUAUUAUUACCACGACGUAUUGAUAAUGUAACAUUGACUUCUGAAGAUGAAGAGGAGCAUGCCUAGUAUUCAACAGGCAUUGCG